AUGGCGCGGCCGGCCCUCCCGACCUCGUCGUCCGACUUUGCACUACCCGCCUCCGCGAUAUCGCCCGACAACCACCACCGCGAUGAGCCGCUCGCCAAGACCCGCCGCCAGAGCAUCCUCGCCUCGCACCUCUCCAGCCCGCUCGCGGAGUCGUUCACCCUGCGCGUGCCGCAGACGCAAGACGCUGCGUCCGACAGUGACCGCGACCGCAUGAGCACCGAUACGCCGCCCUCCAGUGGGUCCGAGUACCCGCCGCCCCCACCACCCCCAGCCGCCCCGGGCCGCGCACGACGACGUUCGCCACCCCUCACACCUCCCCGCCGCCGCGCGUCCGAGGCCUCGGAGCCCCAGAAGCUGCGCCGCCUCUCACACCCAGUGCGUUUCGAUCUAGCGCCUGUGACCCACCCCACUGAUAGAUCACCUCCCCAGCUCCGCCCGCCGCGCCUGCUCAACCUGCUCUCCGAAGCCGAGGCGCGCCCCGAAGAAAGCGAGGCGCGCGGGGAGGCCGUGUUCCAGCGCCUCGUCGCGUCGGGCACGGAGCUCGCGGCGUUCCCAUCCCCGCGCAACGCGCACGACCGCGGGCGCUUCCCGGAGGAGGCGCCCAGCGAGGACGGGGACCAGGGCGACGAGAGCGACGACGAUUCCGACGAGGAGGACAACGCGUUCAUGGCCGCCAGUGCGCCGAUCCCGAUCGGCAAGCCGCGGACCCCCGCCGGAAGUGUGUGCGGGGAUGACCCGGCGAUGCGGGUGUCUGAAAGCCCAAGUGCGGGCAGCCUGAUGGACGUGGACGUGCCCUCCAUCUCGCCGUCGGUAUCCUCGAUGUCAGUUGCCUCGACCCCUGCACAGCAGUGGCGCUCAACACCUCCGCCCACAUCAAGCACAGUGCGGUCUAACAAGCGAAAGCACGAUGACCGCUACGAUCCAUACCCAUCGGCGAAGCGCCGCGCGGUAUCACCAUCCAUCGGCCGCGCGGGUUCUCCAUCCUCCUUCAUGCGCGGCUACGUUGCUGCCCGCGGCGUCUCCCCACACCUCCACUCGCCUCGCGCGACGCCGCGGAUGCCGCUUGCCAUACCAAAGAGCAUACCCGGAAGCUCAUGCAGCUCCGCAGCCUCCAGUCCCACCGUUGGUGGCUUGCUCACCAACGGCGGAAGCGUGUUGUUCAGUCCCGGAACAUCCAAUCCUUCAAGUAGCCAGGCAUCGAACAACAACGGCAAUGGCAACGGCAUGCAUGCCUCUUCCAGCUCGUCAAGCAGUUCCGGCAUGAACUCGCUCGCAGGGAGCCCCAAUGGCUACACCAGCCCAACCAUCUUCGCCGGCAGUCCGAGCUCCUAUAGCUCCGGCCUAUCCUUCGCUCGCCCGGUCGGCAUGACCGCGAGCCCCACAUUGCGCGCCUCCAUGGGCCUGGCGAGCCCCAUCCUGCGCCCCGUCGUGCGCUCGUGGCUCAAGGAGGGCGAGGAACCCGAAGUAGAAGGAGCAGGGGAGCGGGUGAACGGGCUCACUCUCGGGGAGAGAUAG